GUUUGACUUCUCCCCUUUGGUUGUGGUCUCAUAGAUUUCUUCUAGAAAGCUGAAAGAUGAUAAACAUUGAUUAUAGGAAUGCCUAAACUAUGAGAUCAAUAAAUUAGGCAUUCUUCAAUUAAUGUUAAUCGGCUUUUUGUUUCGGAAAUAGAUUCAUUUGUUCGUUCAACAAAGUCAUCUUUGACGCAUGUUUUUACAAGUGGCAUACAUGUGAGGACGUUUAUCACUUUCUAGUUGUCAUGGCUGUGAAUUCAUUUCUCAAAGGAGAUGUCGCCCUUUGACCAAACAUCCAUUCCAAGCUAGAUUAAUCGCUUACUAGUAAAAUGAGUUUGAUAUAAUUGCUCAAUUUGAAGCAACCAAGGUUUUUCAUUCACAAGAAGAAAGCUAGUUGCCAGUUAAGUUUUGGCAACACUUGUUCCACAUCAAUUGCCAAGUUUUGCAGUGGCACUCCCGAGUUUUCCCAGGUUGUGACUAAUCAAAGAAUUGGCUAUUCUUAACAUGAAAGAAUCACAGAGUUAUAGAAUUUCAAAUGGCACUCUCAGGUUCUGUGAGCAGCAAGUGAAAGAGCCAGAGGCCUGCUGUUGGCCUCCAACCCAGAAAUCGAACGAUCUUACAGGUUCUGCUAAAGGUAACCAAGAAGCCCAUCUUUCAAGCAAAGUUUUUGAACAGUACUGCACCCUUGAAUCAUCCUCUGGAACCGGUACUCACCCUGGUCAGAAUUCUUCAUCUUCUGUCAGUUUUUCACCCAGUGGAAGUCCAUCAUCACAGCCGGAAACACAGUCAUACCCCAUAGAUCAGAAUCAUUCUCCUGACAAUGCUUGCGUAUCUCCAUUCAAUCAUUCUUGCUUAACGGACGAUGCUGAUGACUUGAGGCACAAAAUAAGGGAAUUGGAAACUGCUAUGCUGGGAAUCGAUUCAGACAUCCCUGACAUGUACAACAUGUACAAUCAAGUCGAGUAUAAGGAAAGCUCUUUAGACGGAGAAAGUUGGAAACAAAUCACAGAGAUGAUUUCUCGAGGCGACUUGAGAGGGCUGCUUUGCAUUUGUGCCAAAGUGCUAGGUGAUAAUGACAUCUUAACAACUGAAUGGUUGAUCUCGGAGUUGCGCCUGAUGGUGUCAGUUUCUGGUGAUCCGGUUCAACGUUUAGGAGCUUACAUGGUGGAAGGUCUUGUUGCAAAGCUCGCAUGUUCAGGAAGUUCAAUCUACAAAUCCUUGAGAUGCAAAGAGCCUGCUGGUGCUGAACUUUUCUCAUAUAUGCAUUUACUCUAUGAAAUCUGCCCCUGCAUCAAGUUUGGCUAUAUGUCGGCAAAUGGCGCAAUAGCUGAAGCUAUGAAGGAUGAAAGUGUAGUUCAUAUAAUUGAUUUCCAGAUAGUUCAGGGCACUCAGUGGAUGAUCCUAAUCCACGCUCUCGCCACCAGGCCUGGUGGGCCCCCGAAAAUCAGGAUCACUGGCAUAGACGAUUCUACAUCAGCUUAUGCAAGGGGAGGGGGGCUUGAAGUUGUGGGAAUGAGGUUAUCAAGAAUUGCAGAGGCAUGUAAAGUGCCCUUUGAGUUCCAUGCUGUUGAAACUCGUGCUACCGAGGUUCAACUUGAGGACCUUGGAGUUCGACCCGGUGAGGCAAGUGCGGUGAACUUUGCCUUGAUGCUGCACCACAUGCCAGAUGAAAGCGUGAGCAGUCAGAAUCACAGAGACAGGCUUAUCAGGCUGGCAAAGAGCUUGUCUCCAAAGGUUGUGACCCUUGUUGAGCAAGAGGCCAACACCAAUACUGCCCCUUUCUAUCCUCGUUUUGUUGAGACACUGAACUAUUACCUGGCUUGUUUUGAGACGAUAGAUGUGACUCUGCCGAGAGAUAACAAAGAGCGGAUCAACGUCGAGCAGCACUGUCUGGCAAGAGACAUUGUUAACUUGAUAGCAUGUGAGGGGCUUGAGAGAGUAGAACGUCACGAGCUGCUUGGUAAGUGGAGAUCGAGGUUCACUAUGGCAGGGUUUAGACCUCACCCAUUAAGCCCAUUAGUAAAUGCUACUAUUAGGGCCCUGCUGCGGAAUUACAACGACAAGUUUACACUUGAAGAGAGAGAUGGGGCUCUAUAUCUUGGGUGGAUAGAUAAAGCUCUGAUCGCCUCGUGUGCAUGGCGGUGAAAAACUAAUCGUAGCUCGUGCUUGUUUGCAAGUCUUAGGUGCCUUCAAGAUGUAGAAUCUCGUAGUAAAAUGUCUUCUGUUAUCAGUUGUACCUUUGACCUUUUUGUUUUCCCUUUUGUCCCAUCUUUUGUACUUUAGUUAUAGGUGUUGUUACUAGAAACACAUAGGGAAUAAUCAUCAAGUUAGCGUUUUUACGCUUCUUAUAUCAUAGUUUAACUUUAUUGUAAUUUUACAUUUCUGUCGUGGAAUGAGAACAAAUACUUCGUGAGUACUAA